CUUUUCUUUUUCUCUUGCUUUUUUCCUCGUGCCGAUUUCCUUUCCCUUCCACCUCUCCCCCUUCACAUCCUGAAAAGGCAUCUCGACUCGUCUUGGUCUUGCUGCAGUGGCCAGUCUCCACUUGAAGCCCGUCGCUGUCCGGUCAUUAUUACUUAUAAUCCGUUCUUUUCCCCCGUUUAGACUUCCUUCCUUCCCACACUCUCUUUCUUGCCCUGUCACUUUGCUUCAGUUCGCUUCGUUCAGUUCCCCAUACACAGCCUGCCCUUGAGCAGCUGUACUUCCUACUCUAGCAGCGACCAGUUGACAGACCUCUCGAGUCCUCGCGUCCGCGGAGAGUCUCUCAGCGCCAUGGCUGCCAAACGGCCCAACAUCCUCUAUAUCAUGGCGGACCAGAUGGCCGCCCCGCUUCUGGCCUUCCAUGAUAAGGAUUCCCCAAUUAAAACCCCCCACCUGAACAAGCUGGCGGAGGAAGGGGUGGUGUUUGAAUCCGCCUACUGCAAUGCGCCACUAUGCGCGCCCUCCCGGUUCGUCAUGGUGACCGGCCAACUGCCCUCCAAGAUCGGCGCGUACGACAACGCCUCCGACCUCCCUGCCGAUAUCCCAACCUACGCGCACUACCUUCGAAACGAGGGUUAUCACACUGCAUUAGCGGGCAAGAUGCACUUUUGCGGCCCCGAUCAGCUGCACGGAUACGAACAGCGCUUGACUAGCGACAUCUAUCCUGGUGAUUAUGGCUGGUCGGUCAAUUGGGACGAACCGGAUAUCCGUCCCGAUUGGUACCACAACAUGUCAUCGGUCAUGGAGGCGGGUCCGGUGGUUCGCACGAACCAGCUCGACUUUGAUGAGGAGGUCAUGUACAAGUCGACUCAGUAUCUCUACGAUCAUGUGCGGCAGCGCGGCGAUCAGCCCUUCUGUUUAACCGUAUCGAUGACCCAUCCGCACGAUCCCUACGCCAUGACUAAGGAAUAUUGGGAUUUGUACGAGGAUGUAGAGAUUCCCCUGCCCAAACACGGCGCGAUUCCCCAGGAUCAGCAGGACCCCCACUCGCAGCGGGUGCUCAAGUGCAUCGACCUGUGGGGCAAGGAAAUGCCGGAGGAGCGCAUCAAGGCUGCUCGGCGCGCAUACUAUGCCGCCUGCACCUAUGUCGAUACCAACGUGGGCAAACUCUUGAAGGUGCUCGACAACUGCGGGCUGCGCGAUGACACUAUUGUGGUGUUCACUGGGGAUCACGGCGACAUGCUGGGGGAACGUGGCUUGUGGUACAAGAUGACGUGGUACGAGGGGUCGGCACGGGUACCAAUGAUCGUCCAUGCGCCCAAGCGCUUCGCGGCUAAGCGUGUGUCAGAGAAUGUGUCGACAAUGGAUCUGCUCCCGACGUUUGCGGAUUUGGUGGGCGCGUCCUUGGUCCCCGGGCUGCCGUUGGAUGGUGUUUCGCUGCUGCCGUAUCUGACAGGCGAAGACGGAGUCAAGACCGAUACCGUGCUGGGCGAGUAUAUGGCAGAGGGCACCCAGUCCCCGACGGUGAUGAUCCGACGUGGGCGGUGGAAGUUUGUCUAUUCGCUGAUCGACCCCCCGAUGCUAUUCGACGUGGUCGCCGACCCGCAGGAGCGCGUCAAUCUGGUCGCGGGCCUGUCUGACCCGUCCAAGCUGGUUGCUGCCCACGGCAAGACGAGCCUGGUCGGCCAUCCAGCUCCCUUGCCCACUCCGGGCGACUUCCCGCGCGUCUCGCGGGGUGCUGACGGCACCUCAUCCUUCCCCUUCCCGACGCCCCCCCGCACUCCGAGUCCAUCCAAGCACUCUUCCGUGUUGCCGCAAACCAACGAUCCUGCCACACUGCUGGCUCACUUUAUCGAAGAAGUGCACACGCGCUGGGAUCUAGAGCAGAUUCGCGAGGACGUUCUGCGGUCUCAGCGUCGUCGGCGCCUCGUCUACUCCGCCUUAAUCAAGGGCGUGCCGUCCAUUUGGGACUACGAGCCGCGCAUCGACCCCAGCACGCAGUACGUACGCAACCAGGGCAAGGGAGCAUUGGACGAUGUGGAGCUGAUUUCGCGCUGGCCGCGAGUCCUCCAGCAGGCGGCGAAUGCCGUGGGGAAGUAGCAUGUUUCGUCAUGGGGUUAUCUUAUCUCAAAAGUGCCUGCAAGUUGAUGAUUUUAUGCGUUAAGCGAGGCGCUAUACCCGACAUUACACGAUUAUUUGACAUAAUAUUUGAGGGUUCGAGCAUACUGUUUAGCUAGCUUUGUUGUUGUUGUUGUUCUUCUUGUUGAUUGCUGAUACGGUUGGACUGGUGUACAUUGGCCAUGAGUGUGUACAGAUUACUUGGAAUUUCGACUGUCAAUAAGAAUGAGUGAUACAGUGCCA